AUGGCUCACGAGCUCAGGACCGGAGCGUUUUGGCGGGCGGUGGCGGCCGAGCUGCUGGGUAUGAUCCUCUUCGUGUUUAUCGGUAUCGGGUCGGCCGUGGGGAGCGCCGACGCCGACGGUCCGGAGCAGGAGGUGAAGGUGGCGCUGGCGUUCGGACUGGCCAUCGCCACGCUGGCUCAGAGUCUGGGGCACGUCAGCGGGGCGCACCUGAACCCCGCCAUCACGCUGGGGCUCCUGCUCAGCUUCCAGAUCAGCGCCAUCCGCGCCGCGCUCUACGUUCUGGCGCAGAUGGUGGGCGCGGUCGUGGCCAGCGGGAUCGUCUACGCCAUCCGUCCCAAAGGCGUCAAAGCGCUGGGGCUCAACGAGAUUGAUCCGGCUCUGACUGAUGGAAAAGCUUUCGGGAUCGAGUUCCUGGCCACCUUUCAGCUGGUGCUCUGUGUCCUGGCUGUAACCGACAGUCGGCGGAAUGACGUGACGGGGUCGGCGCCGCUGGCCAUCGGACUGUCCGUGGGUUUGGGUCACCUGCUGGCGAUCAGUUACACGGGCUGCGGGAUCAACCCUGCUCGCUCGUUCGGACCCGCCGUCAUAAUGAAGUCUUUUAAAAAACACUGGGUGUUUUGGGUGGCGCCCAUGCUGGCCGGCGCCGCGGCCGCUCUGGUGUACGAGUUCAUCCUGCAGCCCCGCAGUGACCCCGUCAGUAAACGAUUCAAGGCUCUUACAGGAGGGGGGGCGGAGACCGAGUCCACCGAGGUGCUGACCGAGGCGUCCGGCAGCGGGACAGCACAGUGGCCCCGACGCUAA